CUGAACACACCUGAAUUUCCACCCACUGAAAGUUUUUACACAAUAACAAUAGAAGUAGGAAAACGAUGUAAGAGACAUUCCAUAAAAUUCCCAAAUUCAUUGUUUGAUAAGCGUUGAGGUUAGGUGAAGAAGAGCUGUUUACCAUCAAAGCAAUAGAGCUGGGACACAAAGAAAGAAACAGACAAUGUGAUGUGACUUCAGUCAAAGUAAAAACACUCAAUCAAGCAUAGACACACUGACAGAUUCACCAAGACAAACGGACGAAGUCUGGAGACAUUGAACACCUAAAAAAAAAACUAUGUCUGAGAUCCUGCCGUCAAACCUGGAGCUGCUAGAAGACAGCCCCUCCAAAACCAGACGGAUGACUGCUGAACCCCAACCCCCAACAUGGGGGGAAGAGGAGAAGGUGAUUAAAGAAUUGGGGGAAGAUUUGGAAAAGAGGAGGGAAGGAGUGGUAGAGGAAGACGAAAUGGUUAGUUCGGCUAAAUUGGAGCCUACCACUCUGCAAUGGCCGGGUGACAGGGAUGUAGAGACAACUACAAAGAACAGAAGUGCAUUGACUGCGAAAGAAGAUAAGGGAAGGGGAAAGAGAGAUGACCCUGAGGGAGAGAGGAGGAGGGUGUACUCCAUGUGCACCUCUCUUCACGAAGGAGAAAGUCAGAUGGAGAGUGAGAGAGGGCUGGAUUUGGGAGCAGAGAGAAUGAGAAUGGAGGAAGAAUGGGUGGGGAGAGAGGUGCAGCACCCAGAGCUGUGUAAGAGAGGGGAGAAGGUGCAGGUAGAGAUAGAAGAAGAUGGUAUGAACUCUUUGCCUGAGAAGGCAGCGCAGGUCUUCAACCCAUCCAUCACUAUCCUACACUCCUCUAGUGCUCCGACGUCUCCCAGAGAUAGGGAGGUAUUCUGGGAUGUGGACGCAGAGAAGAGCCUCCUCCUCAUUCCCCAGGGAACCCCGCCUGAUGGCUACUACCAUGACUGGCCAGUGGAGCGGGGGUCCUCAAAAUGUGGGUGUGACUGUGCCAACAGGGAUGCUCUCAAAGUGGGAGUGUCUGUGUUCACUGCAGCUCUGAUUUUCCCCCUCCUAGUGUGGGGGGGCUAUGUCUUCCUGCCUUUUGAUGCCCCACUGCUGGACAGUGCCCCCCUCAGGCUGGUCUACACACUGCGCUGCUCUGUCUUCGCUGUGGUGCCCAUCAUACUGGGCUGGAUGGUGCUGGGUGUCUCCAGGAUGCGGUUGGGGAAUGUGAAGCCGCUGUGUGAGAUGGAGGCCAGGGAGGUGGGUGUGCACCGGCGCUAUGUGGAUGACUCCGUCACCCUCUUCCUGCUCUACUUCCUGCAGCUGGCCGUAAUGGCGCCCUACCUGAGCCAGGACCUGCUCAAACUGGUGCCCCUGCUCACCAUCAUCUUCGCCUUCGGCAGGCUGAUGUACUGGGUGGCAGCUGCACUGGGCAGCAGUGUCCGGGGCUUUGGCUUCGGCCUGUCCUUCCUGCCCACCGUGGCCAUGCUGGGUGCCAAUCUCUACUUCAUCUUCACCAUGGACGCUGGGGGCACCAUCUUUGCCCAGGAUGUGGUGCACCAACAAGACCAACCCCCAGCCUCCCGCCAGAGGUUCUGGGGAUAGGAGGAUGGAGGAAAGGCUGAAGGAAUGGAAGGAUGGGGAAGAGGGACAGAAUCUGUUUUACCAACUGGUAGAAUUUAACUUUCAAAGGGUUACUAUGUAAACUGUAGUGGAUCGUGCUAGUGUGAUUUUAAACCACAAUGAUGAUGUGUAGAAUAGACUUGGCAGUGGUAGUCAGUGAUAGAGCAUGUACAAACAGUUAUUGGUGAAAGUUUCUACGUUAUAAUUCAUCUUCUUGCAUGGCAUUAUACCGUCACUUUGGUGAAACAGUAGAAUGCAUUCUGUAGAAGAUCUGCUAAUCGACAGAAUGACCGUUAAGUACCAUGGAAUAAUGUUGAAAUCACAAUUGUUGGCUCAAUGCAGAGUUAAUGAAAAUAGUUUGUAGUUCCACACAGAAUUGUGCCACUUGGGGAAGUGUCUACAAUAACCAAACCAUUGCCUUCCUCAGAAAUAUCUAGCUAGGCCUGCUGCAGACAAAUCAUUUGCUGAACUGUACUGUUUGGUUUGACAAUUAUCUGUACUUGAGGCAUCCUGUAAUCGAUUGUUUUGCAUUUGGUUAUGAAUCUGGUAUUACAGGCUAAUAACAUUAAUGGCAUUGACAUUUGGGAACUAAUAUCAGGUUUAUAGAGAAAAACUAAGACGCCCUCUAGACCUUCUAGUCAAUCAAUUUCCUAUUGAAAAUGUUCAAUACAACCAAACACAAAAUCAUGUUCUGUGAUAAGGUCAUCGACUACUGAGUGGACAUUUUGUCUCAUAAUUUCAUUACUGUAUUGCCUUUUAAAAGGAUGUCCACACAUUAGCAAUGCCAAUAAGAGCUAACAAAUAAUUUUAAGAUAAUUGAUUUAGUACAAAAAUUUUGACAUUGAGACCCAUUUAAUUAUUGGAGAAUGUGGAUUGCAUGGCUUUUUGUGCACCCAAAAAUGGCAACCUUGUUAUAGAAAUCAAACCUGUCCAACAAGUACCUACCUGCACAGGUGGCCCAACCUCCAUUCCUCCAUCUAUGAAAACUAAUCCUUUCACAAUACAGCACAGCUCUGUAAGAGUGAUUGUGAAUGGAGUUGUUACUGUAUUUUAAAAUAGACCUAUUUUAAAAUGUAAUGUAUGAAAUCUGAUUUUUAGUGUAGGCAUAGACUAUAAAAUGUAUAACUACGCUGAUUUCUUUCUACAUUUCCAAGUAAACUUUAGCUAAUUACAGUCUGAAACAAAUUGUAAAGUCUAUUUAAUGUCUAUCAUUGUCAUUCUUAUGAUUUUCUUUAAGUUUUUAUAUAUAUUUUUUAAUAAUUUAUACGUAACAAGUGAUGUUUUUAUUUGGCCUUUCAUUUGCUUCAUUAGUGAAGCUGACACAUUUUUAUUGGUAUGAAAGCCUUUUAGUGGCCAGUAAAAAUUAGCAAGCAUUUAAGGAAGAUCUUUGUGCAUUACAGUUGUUCUGAAUGGGCA